ACAAAGACAAAGAGAAAGCAAAAUGGUCCUUUUAUUUAUUUGUUUAUUUCACCACCCAUAACUUCAUUUGUGUAUAGAAUAUAGUAAACUCAAGUAAUCAAGCAAGUAAACGAAACAUAAAAAAGAAAAGUAGUGCAAGAAACAGAGGAGUUAGAUACCAAAAAGUGAGAGAUAUCGAAUGGCGGAGAAAGAAGAGAGUGUGAAGCUUCUAGGGUUUUGGGCAAGCCCUUUUAGUCGUCGAGUCGAGAUGGCUCUCAAACUCAAAGGCGUGCCAUACGAAUACUUGGAAGAAGAUUUGCCCAACAAGACCCCUUUGCUUCUGGAGCUAAACCCGCUUCACAAGAAAGUUCCGGUUCUUGUCCACAAUGACAAAAUAUUACUCGAGUCACAUCUGAUUCUCGAAUACAUCGAUCAGACGUGGAAGAACAGUCCAAUUCUUCCUCAAGAUCCUUACGAGAAGGCCAUGGCUCGAUUUUGGGCCAAGUUCAUCGAUGACCAGAUCCUAACACUAGGGUUUAGGUCCCUUGUAAAAGCAGAGAAAGGAAGAGAGGUUGCUAUUGAAGAGACUCGGGAACUGCUUAUGUUUCUUGAGAAAGAAGUCACUGGAAAAGAUUUCUUCGGUGGCAAGACAAUCGGAUUCUUGGACAUGAUCGCAGGAAGUAUGAUCCCAUUUUGUCUAGCUAGACUUUGGAAAGGUAUUGGAAUUGAUAUGAUUCCAGAGGAGAAGUUUCCGGAAUUAAAUAGAUGGAUCAAGAAUUUGGAAGAAGUUGAGGCAGUGAGGGGAUGUAUUCCUCCAAGAGAGAAACAAAUUGAGCGCAUGACCAAAAUUGCAGAGACAAUUAAGUCUGCCUAAAUUAAAGAUACUUCUUGCCUACGAAAAUAUUUGAUUUAUAUGCUUGCAUCGUUUUUUAUUUAUAUUUUUAUUUUUUAAAGUUUUUCGAAAAAUAGAAUGACCUAAUAUUUAAGUAAAAAGAUCAAAAACCUAUUUGAAAGUUACAGCAAUCAAAUAACGUGGUGUGUCUGGAGAUUGUAAAAGCCAAGACUAGAAGGAAAUAAGAAUAAAAUAACCAAAGUGACCUCAGCAGUGACUUGGUUACCUUACUGA